AUUUAUAUACUAUUUUUGGUAUUUUCCAAACAAAGUCACCAUAACCUAAAUUUAUCCACGUGAAUAUGUAAUAAAUAUUUUAUAUUAAUAACUGAUUUUUAAUCAUGGAUUUAUCAUGUGUAAAUACAAAAAUAAGAAAGAAUAGAAACGAAAUUGAAAAUUCCGACAAUGUGAAGAAAUGUUCUCAAAGUAAAGGUGCGACUUGUUCUAAUCAUAAAGUCUCUAAAAGAUAUUCAAUUUAUUUGAAUGAUGAAAGGAAUAUUCCCGAAUCUAUUGUCGAGAAAUUAAAACUUUUAGAGGAUACCAUAAAUCAAGAGAUAAGAAAUGAUGAAGGCGUGCGUAAUCAUUUGGAACAUUUGUUUCCAAUUAAUUUAAAAAUCAGUGAUAAUGGAGUAAUGAAACUUUGUCCAACAAAGAGGAUUUAUUCAAAAGAAUCUAAUAAAAUGGAAACAAAUAAGUCAAUUGUCGAAAAUAAACGUCCAUCAUUUUUCGAAAUUUUUUAUCAUUCUGAAGAAAAUGUGAAUUCUGUCGUUGAAAAUGAUGUAUAUGUAAGAUAUUCAGUUGGUCAAAUUACAGUAAAAGAUAAAAAUAAAGAAACUUCAUUAAAUAAUUUACAAUGUAGAGAAUUGGAAGUAAUAAGGGAAGAAAAUUUUGAAGGAGAUGAAGAAAUUUUACUAAAUGAUUUACAAAUUAGAGAAAUAGAAGAAGUGCAAAAAGAUUUAAAAACUGUUGAAUCUAAAGAAAAUGAAAUUUCAAUAAAUGAUUUACAAUUUAUUGAAAUAGAAGAAAUGGAAAAAAAUUUUCAAACUGAGAAGAAUGAAGAAAUUUUAAACAAAGAUUUGCAAUUUAUAAGAGUGGAAAAAAAUUUAGAAACUGUCGACUCAAAAGAAAAUGAAUUUUCAAUUAAUGAUUUACAAUUAAGAGAAAUAGGAGAAAAUUUUUCUUCUGAAGAUGAAUCUAGUACAACAAAUUUAGGAAAUAUAACGAUGAUAUCCAAUUUAAAUAAAAAAGUUUUCAAUAUUCCCAUUAAUAACAUAUCAACAGUGGAAAUAACUAUAAAAACGAAAUAUAAAAAUAAAAAAUGAAGCAAAUUUUUAAAAAAUAAAUCUAAAAUAUUAACGGAAUUUUUCUGAUUUAUAUUCCUUCACUUUCUCUAUGUCUGCUGACUAGGCAAUUACUUUUAUUCUAUUCCAUGAAGACUAUAAACUAGUCUUUUUGUUCUAUUCCAUGUAUAUAUUUAUAAUAUAUAUUCGCUUAUUUAUAUUUAUAAAAAUGAAAACAACAAUUAUUAUAAACAUU